AUCACCACCAGCACCGAAAGCUAGGAUCAUCUUCCCCAUGUGGAGGCAACCCCCUGUCUUGGUGUUGGUGCCCAUUUCCAGGCCUCCAAAAGCUCCCCCCGGCGUCCUGAAAAUCGGGACGACCGACACGGGCACGGAAAGAAGGGGCACAAGGACCGACAGCAGUUCUUGUUCAUUUUGAACCGGAUUCGCCGUCGGCGUCGCCGCGGAGUGUGUCCAUUUGAGACAGAAGGCCGCCUGUCAAACAGCAGCCAUGACAGGCGACCGCUCCGACCGCGACGCCGAGGCGGAGGAGGCCAUGGAGCUGCUGCCCGAGCAGCCGCGGCGCGCGCGCCUCAGCCGACCGGCGAACGCCGCCGCGCUCCUCGUAGCCCUCGCCGCGGCAACGGCCGCCUUGCUCCUCCUCGCGCGCGGCGGCCCGGGGCAGGCGGGCCACUCGUUAGUGCGGCUGGCCGCGCAGGAGGCCACAGCCGUCAACUCGCUCCGCCCCAGCGCCGACUACUGCCCGGCGUCCGGCCAGAACUGCACCGCCCUGCGGUGCUGCGCCGAGGCCGGCUUCCAGUGCUACAAGAAGAACUCGGCGUGGGCCAGCUGCCGGACGAACUGCACCAAGAACAAGUCGAUGCCUGGCGACGCCAACAAAGACCCCUGGGACUGUGAGGAGUUCGGCGCCCGCACUCCUGGGCCGUCCGGGCCAGUCGACGAAGAUUACGACUGGACCACGGGGGGCCUGCGCGGCCAGGACUGCAGGGUCCACAAGUUCUGCGCGGGCCAGGACGACUACUGCUACCUGAAGAACAAGGAGUGGGGCAGCUGUAUGCGGGAGUGCGACCCUGCAGCGGCGGGCACAAAAGGCUGGAGCUGCGAGAAGCUCUACUGAGCUCUCCCCGCGGCCCAGCGAGGCGCUGUCCCCUGGCCGACACACCUCGGGCCGGCGUGCCAUAAUUCAUGAGUCCCCUCCCUCCGUGUGCACCAGCCACUUUUAGAGAGCAUCGCUGAUCAUGCACCCGGCCACCAAGACGCCGAAAUGACCAGCGUGGUUUUGCCUGCGAGCCGAGGCGCUCGAGCCCCCCGUGUUGAGUCACGCCCCGUCGGCUCUGUCUCGCUGGCAGCGAAACUCGGUUGCCUCUCAGGGCAUGGUGCAGGAGACCCCUGCACAUGCCCUGUAUAUCAGCUUCGCAUGGAAUUCUGUAAGUCUCUCGCACCAUCUACAGUCCCCUCCGAUCGCCCUCGUGUCUCUCCCUCCGUUCGGUGCACGCUCCCGGUGCGUGCUGGCCACCCAAAGACGGACCACAGGUGCAGAGUGCUAUGGCACGCUGCGAUAGAGCGCGGGACGCUGCAGAUCCCAUUGGAGUUUGAAAGACUGGCCUGAGCGACUGGCCGGGUAGACUGCGCUCGUCAACGAAAACAUCGUAUUCGACAUGCGAUUCAGCCACGCGAUAUCAUUCAUGUCUGGCGUGCCGUGCGCUCGUCUGUUUGCUCGCCCAUGCGUGAAAUGACGGAAUGCGUGCUAUGCUAAGCGGUCGCACUCCAUAGCCAAUUGUUCCAAUGGGUGGUGUGCCUGAAUUUUGCAGAGUGAGGCGAAUCCACGCAACCGCCUUGCAAGCUGGAUUGUUUGAAGGAUUUGCUUGGUGUUCCGAAUGUAAGAGUAGACGCUCGGUAAGAGGAGGGCUUGCGAGCACUACAUUGGCAGAGUGUUUUCGCGAAAACCGCAGGCAAUGGUACAGUACCAUUGCCAUUGGCAAUGCUACUGAUACAAGCUACUCUUUCUUCUCCUUGCCCUACCCAACUCUUCCCCUAAGCGCACUGCUUGCUACCAUCACUACAGAAAGUUAGCUGUAUCUGCCGCAUUCUCGUGAACUGGACACCAUUAUGGCAAAUGCAGCGUACCAUGGCGGAGGAAUAUCUCAUCGCAUGUGAGUUGAAUUCGGAUGAUGCUGACACGCCGUAGCGUGGUAUAUUGUGGCAGUAAGAUUAUUGUAUAAUGGCAGUUCAGUGGCAUUUGAGCCUGAUAAGUCCUAUCGGCAGAAAGAUCUGGAUGCAUCUAUGCUAACGUGGACCCCGUCGCACAAGCAGGUCUCCGCGCGGGACCGCCUAUUUCCUUGCCACCGUUGCCAGACGAGAGUGGGUGUAUCUAGUUCGCUAUACAGACGGAUGUUGAGAACUGGCCAUUCGCGUUUUGCCGGAUCAUUGUCCGCGCAAAACGGCGAGGAAGUCAUGUCUCACCGUUGACGUCAACAUGGUCCAGCAAGUUUUCCGAAGUCAAGCCCUGGCUCUCUGUGAGUACGAUUAAGAAGCCAUGGUUCUGUUUGAUUUCCUAUCGGCGCAUUCUGCCUUUGGGCAGACGUGUGAGGAGCCACGUAGCGAUAGCUAUAGUAUUAUCAUGUUUUGGCGGUAGCGGCCGCGCGAGCGGCAAUAGUUGUGAGAGCCUGCAGCGUGGCA